UAAAUUUGUUUUAUACAUCAUUUGUAUGAGCUACAACAUGAGGUCGAAAACCUAACAUAAAAGUCCACCAUUUUAGCUUAGAGGACUAGUAAAAUCAAAAUAGUAGUUCUGGGGUAAGUUGAGCCAGUGCCUCAACUGAGAGAGUAAAGGAGUCUGAUGAGGGGUAAGUUGACCAUAGGAGACCACUUUUUUGGCAUGCUAUAUUAUCAAGACAGUUAUGUUUACACUCAUUCAGUUGGUUUGCAGGGAUGUACAACAUACACUAGUUGGAGACAAAACUAUGAUUGCCUUGAUGUAGUGAUACGAGAUAUAAAAAACGACUCAUCUUACCCCACUCUCCCCUACACAAAUACAAAUGGACUGGGGAAAAGAACACGAAUUUAUCCAUUUAAAAUGAAAUUUGGACACCAUACUGGGACGUUGAUAGGACUCAAGAAUCAAAAGGCAAAACAAAAAAUGGUGCAAAUAUGUGAAGCCUUAUGGGUUGUAUUUAUGAACUGAACUAAAUUAAGAUACCCCGGGAUAUUUAUUAGUUUGUAAGUGUACAUUUGUGAAUAUGGUGAGCUAUAUCGUGUGCUGUGUUGCUUUGUGUGUUGUUGUAUUGUGUUAUAUGUGUAAUAAAAAUAGAAAUUAAAAAGAAAAUCCUGUUCACGUCAACGGUCGAACGUCAUCUCCGCUAGCUAGGCUACAACCCGGAAGUGACCGUCUGCGACCUGUUUUGCGCUUUAAAAAGAUGUUCAAUCCACUUUAGUGUUUAAAAAACGGACUUCAUGUAGCUUUAUCGACACCAUGCCGCGGCACUGCGCUGUCAAAUUCUGCAGAAACAGAGGGGGAGCUGCCUCGAAACAAGACAACAAGAGAAUUAGCUUCUACCCGUAUGUUUCCCCUAUGAUGUGUGUUUGUAGUUUAGCUGCUAACGUUGUAGUUCUGUCACGUUAAAUGAAAAACUCUUAACUAUAAAGGCAUUAGAGGUCAGCUUUAUCUCACAUAUAUUCUCACUGUCAUAGUUUUUAGAUGUUAUGUCACGUAGAGGAACUGAAAGACUAAGUUAAUGUUAAUAACUGUAGAGAUAUAAGUGACACUAAUACUAAUCUACAGUCCUAAACGCGCCCUCCGCUGUAAACUUCACUUCAUCUUUCCCCUCUAAAGGUUUCCUUUGCAGGACAAGCCCAGGCUACAUAAAUGGGUGGACAACAUGAGGAGGGAAGACUGGACCCCGAGUCGACACCAGUAUCUCUGCAAUGAGCAUUUUACUGGGGACUGCUUCGAUAUUCGAUGGGGUAUCCGAUACCUGAAGAGCACAGCCAUCCCCACCAGAUUUUCCUUCACCGAGGAUGUACGUAUCCAUCCUGUUUCAUCUCUUUACACCACUGAAGACCAAAAAUUAAAGGGAUAUUCCGUCAGAAAAUUAAUUUAGGGUCAAACACACGUAACACUGAGUUAGACACCCCGUCGAGAGAUAAAUGUUGCUUCUCUAGUGAUACCAACUUUAGUAAGAACCGCAUGAUAGCAAUACACAGCUGUCUGAGGAGCCGUAAACAAACCUCAACCAAAACGCCACUCUAUAGCCACAAAUAAUGCUCAGAGCAGCAUUAUUUGUGGUACAUGUACAUGUAGAGUCCCAGCCACAGCACUAGCCACUAAACAUCUUUUUUGCUUUGCCUAAUUUCUUAAGCAAAGAGACGAAACACAACUCACCUACUCUCUUCCAGCAGCCACUUGUUUGUAGCGAAACCUCAGGCCAGUCCAGUAUGGACUGCAGCGGGGUGACGCAGCUCAAGGAAGAACAUCUAUGAUCAUUUCUUCAUGGAAAUGCAAUCAGACUGAGACGCUAAGGCAGAAGAACUACCGCGUCUGCAGUGCAAAAUGAUUAAUAUGGUAAAUAUUACUUAAAAUAAAUAAUAAAGUAAUGAUCACAAAUGUUCUUCCUUGUGCCGGGGCCCUACCACUGGAGUCUGUAAUGAACUGGCCCAAUGUCUCAGCUGCUGGAAAAGAGUAGGUGAGUUGUAUUUAGUCUCUUUGCUAGAGAAAUUAGGCAAAGUUAAAAAUAUGUUUGGUGGCUAGUGCUAUGGCUGGGAGCCUAUAUGUACUGUUGAUGAUGUUCGGUGCUGUUAUGGGCAUUAUUUGCGGCUAUAGAGUGGCGUUUUGGUUGACCGUGUGUGUGGGGCUCCUCAGACCCGUGUAUUGCUGUCGUGCGGUCGUUACUAAAGUUGGUAUUACUGGAGAUGCAAGCGGUCGGCAACAGUCAUCUCUCUAGGGGUGUCUAACUCGGUGUUGCAGUGUGUUUGACCCUAACUUAAUUUUACGCCGGAAUAUCCCUUAAAGUUAAAGUGAAAUCCUUUUAUUGCUCAUAGUUGUCCAUUGCCGACAUUGCAUGAGCUCAUUCAGUUCAUACUGUUUUUUUUUUUUUUUACUAGGAAGAAGAGAAAAGAUGCAACAACGUUAAAAGAACCCUCACAGAACAAUCCAGGACUUUGGAUAUCAAGCCCACAGGAUUUGAGUCUCCUCACAGCAAGAGGCCUCUUAUUUUGAGCAGGACUAACAAAAAAGUCAAUUUAGGUACAACAAAAAGUAUUCACGUCAGGCAAACAGAAUCAAUUAAUUCACCCACUCUGGUAUCAGGAGCUGGCACAUCUCAUGACCUGAGUCUGCCUGAGGUACAGGCCACUACGUGUGAGGUUCCCGCUGAAAGUGGAAGAUCCACAGUGUCUUGCCUCGCACUGUCCACAUACAGUGAAAUCAUUCCUGAAACACAGACUGACUCAAGUGUGACUGUGUUGUGCUGUGAGACUUUGGGCCCUCUUCCAGACGGAGAAAACGUAGAUCCAUCUGCUCCUCAAGCAGGUUUUGGUCAAACUUUGAACUUUGUUCCUGUAGAAGUCCUCGAAGAUGAAUCAAUAGGCUGCUUUGCUGAAGAGAGUGGACCCAGUGAAGAGGAGCACGUCUCUGUUUAUGAGCAUACAUACUGCAGACAGGAUACAGACAAAGACCAACUUUGGAGUAAAAUCUUGAGUUUGCAUGCAAGGAUCGUGGAGUUGGAUCGCAGGGAAGAGAGCACUGUAGCCAAAAUCCGAGCCCUGGAGACAGAGAUAGCCCUUUUGAAGAAAGAUGGGGCUGCUUUUAAAGAGAAGCAGAAAGUUUUAGAAGAUUACAUAUCAUCUGUGAUGCUCUGACCCUGAAAAUAACUACAAUUUUGUCUUAAAAUAACACAUGUAAUGUCCGUGCUAUGUAACAAAGGAGUCAGUUUGCCUUUAUUUUGCACAGAAGCUUAAACUUGUGUGUUCUACAGCUAUCGAUUGCUCUAACGUGACUGUUUUAUAUUAAGAACAUUGUUUUAGUGUUUGUCCACAUGGUGGUGCUGUAUGACCUCCUUUUAAAGGAAGUACUCGGAGGCUAAACUGGUGUUCAUGUGAAGUUGCACUAUGCAUCCUGAUACAUCUUCCUGACUUCAAGAACUAAUACUUAAGUUAUUCUCAUAUAGAAUAAAUACCAUGCUGUGUGUUGGAUGAUUAACGUUGUUUCAGUUUUAAUUUAAUACAGUUCAAGCUCAUCAUUUCAUGUGAAGUUGAAUUCAAGUACUCAAAGAUGUAAGUGAUUAUCACACUGAGACUAUAAACAAAAGCUUUGUUGCCUAUCACUUAAACCAGUGGUUCUCAAGUCCAGUCCUCUAGGCCCACUGUCCUGCAUGUUUUGGAUGUUUCCCUGCUCCAACACACCUGAUUCAAAUGAUCAGCUCGUUAUCAAGCUCUGUGAUGGCUUAAUAACGAGCUGAUCAUUUGAAUCAGGUGUGUUGGAGCAGGGAAACAUCCAAAACAUGCAGGACAAUGGGCCUCGAGGACUGGACUUGAGAACCACUGACUUAAACUGUACUUUUACUUUUUCGGUGUAACCACAGGUUUUUGUACCAGAAAACACCCUGUUCGGAACGUGCUGUUCUUCAAAUAGAUACUAAAAGUCAUGAAUUACAUCUAAAACAGUUAUAAAACCUUGAAAUACAAAUUGCAUAGUUGUUUACAUCUGGUGUCUUGUAUUAGAGCUGCUGUGGGGAGUUUUUAGCUGGUUAUAAUUCAAAGUGAUAGUAAUGAUACGAAAAUUCAAGUGAGCUAGCAUUGAAACAGAGCUGCCUCUGCACAGUGGGGCUUCCAGCAAAUGUUAAUUACACGAUAUAUCAAAAAGAUUAAAACUGAUACACUGAUAAUCUGAGGAAAUUUAACCAAAUUAAAGCUGACAAUAAAUAGGAGAGGUUCAAAAAACUCAAAAUAUUUACAAAAGAGAUAAUAAGAACGCUUGCUAACAACGUAUCUGUGUGUAUGUGUGUCACACUGAACAGGAGCAGUACGAACAGGGUAUGCACUGACUGAUACUUGCUCAUUAUAUCUGAAAAUAAAUGUGUAUUUAAUGUGAGGGUGGCUCAGUCCUUAAUGUCAGGUACAGUGGUGUGCUCAGUGGGGGGCAAAGGG